CGGACACCCCUCGCACAGGUGGGCCAACCACUCCAACACGCAGUUCAAAAUCCGAAAUAACCCAGUGCAUUAGUGCUUGGUUCGAGCUCUCGUUCCUUCUCUUCCUCCCAGGAGUGAUGAGGUGAUUCGCAACCUCGAGCCAUGGAACCAGGCGUCUUCUUCCGUUUGCGACGCCAAACCUGAACCCCAAAGAAACGCUGGCCCUUCGGAGCGUGAAGGAGAAGAGACUCCGAAACUUCUCGCAGUUACGAGGAUGUUUUUCCCAGAUGUGCCUCUCUCAGCCAUCAAUUACGCGCUCGUGUUGGGAAUAACGUGUCUGACGGUCUUCUGCAAUUUCACCAAAAGUUCAUCCGAGUUUUCAGGUUACCUGACCAAAGUACUGAAGAACUACACCGAGCAGGCGUGUGACGGUGACUUCCUGUCAGUUCGCUGCCCACCACGCACCACCAUCACGGUCCAGUCGGCAUUCUACGGCAGGAAAAGCCCCUCCCACCACCAGCAGUGCCCCUCCUACCAGAGACACACUCUUAUGGGGACACAACGACUGGAGGAUGAUACACACUGUAAAAUUACCACUGCACUACAGAAAAUGUUGGACGAGUGCCAGGACAGGAGGAGCUGUCAGGUCCUUGUCAACAGCCGUCUCUUCGGGACUGACCCGUGUCCCAGCAGCAGUAAAUACCUCGUUGUCUGGUACAAAUGUAGGCCUAACGAGUAUAAGAGUAAGGUUGCGUGCGAGGAGGAGAGGAUGAAGCUCAACUGUAAACGGGGGAUGCAGAUCGCCAUCUACUCCGCCAUGUUUGGUCGAACCCAGCAGGGGACCCUGGAGUGUCCGGCGCUGCACAGAGGCGCCCCCACCGUAGACUGCCAAUCGGACGCGGCUCUCCGGGUGAUAACGGGCCGUUGUCAUGGGAAACAGAGCUGUUUCAUCCGGGCGUCCACGCGAGAGUUCGGUGACCCCUGCUACUCUGGCACCAGGAAGUACCUCAGUGUCAUUUAUACCUGUGUCCCAAAGAAGUUGCUUCAGAAUGACGCGGGCCCCAGAGUGCCAGUGUUGCUCCCCCAGGUGCCUCAUGCCCAGGACCCAAACGUGGCUGGAGACGGUGCCCCUCCCGACGGGACCGCAGUCGUAGCUUCAGGCUCUGUACUCUCAGGAAAGAAGAAGCGAGGGAGGGAGUCUGGCUCCUACUCUGGGGAGGUGAAGACGAACGAGAAGGGAGGAGCAGAGGAGAGAGACACCCUUUCUCCGAACAUGAACCCUGUGAUCAACGCUACCAAGGGCAGACCCGAAAUGGCCCUCAUCAGCAGCGCCUUGGCAACCUACAACUAUAUAGCAGACCACCCAGAGCGUGCGGCUCUCUACUUCGUCUGCGGCGUAUGCCUGGGUCUUUUCCUCACCCUCUUCGCCCUGGUGGUCCAGAUCUCGUGCCGCACAGACUGCCGGUCCCAGCGCCGCGGAGCGGGCGCCGCCACCCGGAAGCGCCCGCGGCCCGCCGACUCGUCGUCCGACUCCAGCGCCUCGGACUCGGACUGGGACAACACGUCUGACCUGUCGGCGCGGCGCCACCGCCGCUUCGAGCGCACGCUCAACAUGAACGUUUUCACGUCGGCCGAGGAGCUGGAGCGGGCACAGCGGCUGGAGGAACGGGAGAGGAUCAUACGAGAGAUCUGGAUGAACGGUCAACCGGACAUACCAGGAACCCGAAGCCUGAACCGUUAUUACUGACACAGGACUGUAUAUGGAUGGUUAUUACGGAUACAGGACUGUAUAUGGAUGGUAAUUACGGACACAGGACUGUAUAUGGAUGGUUAUUACGGAUACAGGACUGUAUAUGGAUGGUAAUUACGGACACAGGACUGUAUAUGGAUGGUUAUUACGGAUACAGGACUGUAUAUGGAUGGUAAUUACGGACACAGGACUGUAUAUGGAUGGCAAUUACUGACACAGGACUGUAUAUGGAUGGUAAUUACGGACACAAGACUGUAUAUGGAUGGUAAUUGCUGACACAGGACUGUAUAUGGAUAGUAAUUACGGACACAGGACUGUAUAUGGAUGGUAAUUACUGACACAGGACUGUAUAUGGAUGGUAAUUACGGACACAGGACUGUAUAUGGAUGGUAAUUACGGACACAGGACUGUAUAUGGAUUGCUUAUACUGACACAUAAAUGACCUACUAUUACUGACUACAGACUAUAAAUGACCCGUUAUUACUGACUACAGACUAAAUUACCCGUUAUUACUGACUACAGACUAAAUGACCCAUUAUUACUGGCUACAGACUAUAAAUGACCCGUUAUUACUGACUACAGACUAAAUGACCCGUUAUUACUGACUACAGACUAAAUGACCGUUAUUACUGACUACAGACUAAAUGACCCAUUAUUACUGGCUACAGACUAUAAAUGACCUGUUAUUACUGACUACAGACUAAAUUACCAGUUAUUACUGACCACAGACUAAAUGACCCGUUAUUACUGACUACAGACUAAAUGACCCGUUAUUACUGACUACAGACUAAAUGACCCAUUAUUACUGGCUACAGACUAAAUGACCCAUUAUUACUGACUACAGACUAAAUGACCCAUUAUUACUGGCUACAGACUAAAUGACCCAUUAUUACUGACUACAGACUAAAUGACCCAUUAUUACUGGCUACAGACUAAAUGACCCAUUAUUACUGACUACAGACUAAAUUACCCAUUAUUACUGGCUAUAGACUAAAUGACCCAUUAUUACUGACUAAAGACUAAAUGACCCGUUAUUACCUGCUACAGACUAAAUGACCCGUUAUUACUGACUCCAGACUGUAAAUGACUCGUCAUUACUGAAUAUAAAUGAAGAGCUACUAGAUCUAAAUAGGAAUAGGUAUGUGAAGGCUGGAGAGCUGUGCUUGAGAGGGGAUUUGUAGGACCACAAAUAGAGCGCUGGGGUUCAGGGACGGGGGGCCCCACCGCCAGACCUGCACACGACCAUGGUGAGACCACUUAGGACUGUGGCAGUUCUGAACCGUAUGAUGGAGCACAGUGACGAUGGCAGACCAGGAAGGAUGUAUGACCCCCUUCCUCUGUCAGUCUGCCGGUGGCCGUGUGGACACUACAGAAGCACAGAACCCCUUUGUUUUCAGCAUUUACUGAAAUGGUGAAAGGCCAUUGUUGUGGCUUGCCUCGCAUUUGACCUCACCACACCAUCCUGAAAGUGGAGGAUCUUGGGAAACUAAGACUGUAGCCGGUGUUACUCCAGUGUUGCCUAUCUGGGGUCCCCAAGUCCGGGGACCUGCAGUCGUGCUGGUAUCUCUUCCACCUGGCAGUUAAUUGUAUUCACCUGGUUGUUAAUCUUAUUCACCUGGUGUCCCAGGACUAAAUCAGUCCCCAAUUCAAGCGCUCGAAUUGAAACCAGCAAAACUCUCGGUUCUGAGGCCUGGAGUUGAGAACCACUUGCUUAGAGAAUAUAAAGAACUGGGCGACUCUGAAAGUGUGCAGCUUGCUUUUCGCCAACUCGCCCUUUUCAGUAUUCAAAUGGGUGAAUGGCUUUCGGGAGGGCGCGUAACAGUUACAGUGGAAUGGACAGCGUGAGACUAACCUUGAGACAGAGAGCGGGACAGGGGACCCUCAGCUAUACAGACAAUCUUUUACAGGCAAAUGACCGACGCUGCCUUUUGAAUUUUGAACCGAAAAUCUUUUUUAUUUUUUUUUAAUGCAUCUCAAACCCUUCAUGAAAUCUAUUUUAUAUAAUAUUUAAUCGUUUCAUUGUUGUUGUUCCUCUGAAAAAUGUAUUCCGAGAUAUUUUUCUACUGCUGAUCAAAGCUUGUCUGGCACCUCAGGGAUGCAGUCAUAGUCGAGGCUAAAAUGGCACCAUGGUCACUGAUUGGUGCACAGCUUAUGGGUGGAGCCUCACUAGUUACUGGCCAAAAUGAGUGCUUCUACAUAAGCAGGAAAUGGUGCCAUUUUGGACAUUGCCCCAGUGUUUCUGUGUGUCGUUGUUUCUGUGUGUCGUUGUUUCUGUGUGCUUCCUAAGAGAAUCCGGGCCUGUUUUUGUUAAAUAUCUCACAGUAGGACAGCUGAUUCCAGGAUCAAAAUCAUCUUUUUGUCCCGUUUUACAUGUAGAAGGACGGAACCUGUGUGUGUGUUAUUUUGGGUGCCCUAACUCACUAGGAGAUCUUGGUCACAGCCAGGGGCCAUCCAUUAUAGAUGGCUGAUCAACAGUCCUACUCUGAGAUGCUUAAUUACUACAGGGCCCAUGGGAUACUCCAGAUGUGUCAGCAUUUUAAAUACAAAAACAAGAAGAAAAAAAUUUUAAAACACCUCGAAGAGGUCAAGUGAUUUAAUGGGCUUAUUUUUGAUAUGUUCUACUAUUGCACAGUGCAGUGACCUUAUAUAACAAGGACGUCAUUUUUUGGAAAAGGACCCCUGCCAAUCUGGUGUAACAUUAAACUUUCAAUCAGUCAAUUCCAAUCAUGUCAUUUUCCUGGUUUAACAAUUCCUUGUAUUUCUCACUUUGUCAAAGAGCUCUGAGUUGGUCCCCGUUAUGUGUUGUGUAGCCUCUACUCCUGUGGUUCUGGUCUGGUCAGUAGUCUUGGGACUUCAAAGAGGAAUGGAAAGGAUUUCUGUAUAUUUUCUUUUACAUAAACACAUCUGGAACUGGACCAGAAAAUUGCUUAAAAUAUGUAAAGAAAUAUAUAUAUAUAUAUAUUAUAACAACAAUAUUGCACUUGUUAUCAUGUAGGAAUUGAUGUACGUUACAGAACAUUGUCCACCAGUGAAAAAGCUUUCCUGUUAUUACUGUGGUGGUCUGAUGUUGAGUUGAUCCUUGUGGGACACUAAAGCUCCAGGUUUUAUUGUGAUCAUGUUGUAUAAUAAUAUAAGCUAUUAUCAGAACAGUUCUGUUGCACUGGGUUGAACCAUAGGAAUCUUUGUUUAUCUUCGGAAGUUUGGGAUUUCCUUGACUGCGAGGUUAGUUGAGAAUGCAGUGAAGAAUGUUCACAACAACUGCAAUCCUUUAAUGGUUUAAUAUCCAGAUAUUUUAAAUUGAAAAGCUUUUGUGUUUCGAUUUGAAUAGAACAGAAAAUAUGCAAAUAGCUGGUAAGUGAGACCAAAAUAUGACACCUUUGCUUGGAAUAAACUGUGUUGAAAAGAACACCCGGACUCGUUGGCUAU